CAGGCAGGAAAUUUAGCUGACUCCAAGGAAGGCUAAAGAACGAUCCCCUCCUUCCUUCAAGCUUGCGAAACGGGAGAAAUGGAGCCCGCGAUGAGAAGCUUGCUCUCAGACAACGGCAGAUAUGUGCAGUCGUUCCGCUUGUUCCUUAAGAAUUCGACCGAGCACCAGUGCAUGCAAGAAUUCAUUGAAACAAAACUGCCCGAGAUUAUAUCAAGUAUAGAAAAUGAGAAGCCCGCCUUUGAUAUUCUGGGUGUAGGAAGUGGGUCAGGUGAAAUUGAUUUGCAAAUGAUUUCAAAAAUACAAGCGAGAUAUCCCGGGGUUCUGAUUAAUAACCAUAUUGUGGAACCAAGUGCUGAGCAGAUCUUAAGUUAUAAGGAACGCGUUGCCAAGACAACGGGACUCAGUGACAUCACUUUCAACUGGUACAAGAAAACGUCGCAUGAAUUCGAGGAGCAAAUACACGGAGAGAAGCAAAAUAAAAAGUUUGAUUUCAUCCACAUGAUUCAGAUGUUAUAUUAUGUGAAAGAUGUCCCCGCUACUUUAAAAUUCUUCAGGAGCUGCCUGGCGCCACAUGGGAAACUCCUCAUCAUUCUGGUGUCUGGCACCAGCGGAUGGUCUACUUUAUGGAAGAAAUAUGGAUCCCGGUUACCGCUGAAUGACCUCUGCCUGUACAUAACGGCGGGUGAUAUCCAAGACAUACUGAGUUCCAUGGGCGCAAAAUAUAAAAGCUACGAUUUGCAGUCCGACAUGGACAUAACUGAAUGCUUCGUUGAGGGCGAUCUAAACGGGGAACUUCUGUUGGACUUCUUGACUGAGACCUGUGAAUUCAAGAAAAAUGCUCCUCCUGAUCUGAAAGAUCAGAUCCUACAGGAUCUAAAAGGUCCUGGGUGCAGUUCUACCAAAGACGGGAGGAUCAUCUUCAAUAACAACCUCAGCGUCAUUGUGGUUGAGAAUCAAUAAUUUGUAGCCCAGUCCACUAAUCCACCACUCUUUUAGGAUUUCACUAUUUUCACUGAUUCAAUAAUUAACACGUAAUUUAGUAAGAAAUGUAUGCCCAUAUAUGGAACUGAAAAUAUAAGUUGUGUCUUUAUGCUAAAGGUUGGGUGGCCACUUGAUGGCUUGGGUGACCUUGGGGUUUGCUUUGCAAGCUACUCUUGACCCAAACCAAACAAUCGCCAUUAAAGGAUUAGAUCCUACCAAACACGUCCUUAAAAACAUAUUAUCAUCAAAAUAUCCAGAGAAAACAUUUUGGGGACUAAAAACAUCCAAAAAUAAAGACAGUAUAUUUCAUACAGCAGUAUGUCCUGCCUUCAUGAAUAGUCAAUGAUGAAAAAUAGCGUUUGCUCGAUGCAGCGGGUCACGCCGAGAUGUCAAGAGCUCUUGGAAAGCUUGCAAGCUGUUUAUAGCCAGGAUUAACUUUAUCUUUCAUUCACUAAUUCAUUUGCUUAUUAAAGAUUUUUAAGGGAAAUUUAUAAAA